CCUCACUCGUCGACCUCAAUUCCGAGAGGUCGCUGGCUAUCGACCCAGUUAGCAAAGACCUCAAUUUUCCCUCUGUAUCCCCCCCUCUCGCCCAUACUCGAAGCCGAUCCGGCCGCGCUCUCUCCCCUCUUUUCCUUGUCUCAUAAUGGCCUCCCGCCUGGCUGCCCGCGCCUUCGGGGCCACCCGUCUGCGACCGUCGAUCGCGCCGCGAACCCUGCCCGUCGCAGCCGGCUCGUGGAGCGCGACACGGCCUACGUCUUCGUCGAACACCCCGCAGGCGCAGGCGCAGGCGACCCAAGCGCCCGAGCCGGCCAAAGCCAAGGCGCAGUCCAUCAUUGAUGCCUUGCCCGGCAACUCUCUCAUCUCUAAGACCGCCAUCCUGUCCUCUGCCGCCGGCCUAUCCGUCUAUGCCAUCAGCAACGAGUACUAUGUCGUUAACGAGGAAACUGUCGUCGCCUUCUGCCUGCUCAGCGUCUGGGCCGGUCUCAUCAAGUUCGGCGGGCCUUUGAUCGGCCAGUGGGCCGACGCCCAGAACGAGAAGAUCAAGGGCAUUCUGAACGCCGCUCGCGCGGACCACACGCGGGCUGUCAAGAACCGCAUCGAGAACGUCCGGCAGAUGGAAGGCGUCGUUGACAUCACCAAGAAUCUCUUCGAGGUCUCCAAGGAGACUGCUAGGCUCGAGGCCAAGGCGUACGAGCUCGAGCAGACCACUGCCUUGGCAGCCGAGGCUAAGUCGGUGUUGGACUCAUGGGUGAGGUACGAGGGACAGGUCAAGCAGCGCCAGCAGAGGGAGUUGGCCGAUGCCAUCAUCGCCAAGGUCAGGAAGGAGCUCGAGAGCCCGAGAGCUCUCCAACAAAUUCUGCAACAGAGCGUCACCGACGUGGAGAGGAUCAUCUCGUCCAAAGCUCAGUAGACUCUAUGAUUUUAGACAGAUACCCUCGGCUCCACCUCCCCGCGGUCUGUCCACCUAGCAUGUGCUCGUAAAUAAACAACACCCUGUGCAUUAAUCAAAAGAAACCAUUGGCAUUGAGCCUAACCUCGAAACUUUGGUCGUGAGAUAUGUACCUAUAAUGACCUAGCGAGUUCCUAUGCGUCGUGAUACCAUGAAGAGCCUCAGCUAUUAUAAGUACGACUCUACGUAUACGGAAGUACAUAAACAAGCAUGUCGAACUUGGCAGGAGAUUCUUCUCAUCUGAUCCUCGCCUUUCCUUAUCGCCAAUUUCUAGGGA